GCCACCAUGGCUGAGCUGCCAUGUGCUGAGCCCCCACCACGCUGCAGCGGCCGCUUUACCAUCAGCACGCUGCUGGCUGCUGAGGAGGCGGCGGGCUGUGAGGGCACGCAGCUCUCGGGCAGCUCGCUCUGCACCAGGACCUUUGGCUACAACACGGUGGAUGUGGUGCCCGCCUACGAGCACUAUGCCAACAGCAGGGGGGUGGGUGAGGCCGGACGGGGGAGACCAUCGCUGGCAGACCUCCACUCCAUACUCAAGCCUGAACCCGGCCACCACCUCCGUGUGCCGCUGCCGGACCCCCAGCACAGCAACGGCCUCCCCAACACUGAGGAGGGGGCUGGCGAGCCGAGCAGCGCCCCUGUGCCAGAACCUGUCCGCUUCGGGUGGGUGAAGGGUGUGAUGAUCCGCUGCAUGCUGAACAUCUGGGGCGUGAUCCUCUACCUGCGCCUGCCCUGGAUCACAGCCCAGGCAGGAAUCGGUGGGUGCCCGCGGGGGAUGAAGGCAGCAGGCAUGGGGAGGAGGCCGUGGGGCUGCCAGCAGGGCUCGGCCUGGUGCAAUCCAUCCUCUCCUGCAGCCCUGACGUGGCUCAUCAUCCUGAUGUCUGUGACCGUGACCACCAUCACCGGCCUGUCCAUCUCUGCCAUUUCUACCAACGGCAAAGUGAAGUCAGGGGGCACCUACUUCCUCAUUUCGAGGAGCCUGGGACCGGAGCUGGGCGGCUCCAUCGGCCUCAUCUUCGCCUUCGCCAACGCAGUGGCCGUGGCCAUGCACACGGUGGGCUUUGCUGAAACCGUGCGGGAUCUGCUGCAGGAGCACGACUCCCUGAUCGUGGACCCCACCAACGACAUCCGCAUCAUCGGGGUGCUCACUGUCACCGUGCUGCUGGGCAUCUCGCUGGCUGGCAUGGAGUGGGAGGCGAAGGCCCAGAUCCUCUUCUUUUUGGUCAUCUUGGUGUCCUUCAUAAACUACCUGGUGGGGACGGUGAUCCCGGCCAGUGCUGAGAAACAAGCAAAGGGCUUCUUCAGCUACAGAGCUGACAUUUUUGCCCAGAACUUCGUGCCUGACUGGCGUGGACCUGAGGGCUCCUUCUUUGGUUUGUUCUCCAUUUUCUUCCCAUCGGCCACUGGUAUUUUGGCUGGAGCCAAUAUCUCCGGUGACCUGAAGGACCCUGCCGUGGCCAUCCCCAAGGGCACCUUGAUGGCCAUCUUCUGGACCACGGUGUCCUACCUGGUGCUGUCAGCUACAAUAGGUGCCUGUGUGCUUCGGGACGCCUCGGGCAGCCUGAAUGACAGCGUGACGGUGGGCUCACCAGGCUGUGAGGGACUGGGCUGCAGCUACGGCUGGAACUUCACUGACUGCGCCCAGCAGCAGAGCUGCCGAUAUGGCCUCAGCAACUACUAUCAGAGCAUGAGCAUGGUGUCAGGAUUCGGUCCCCUCAUCACAGCUGGGAUCUUUGGUGCCACCCUCUCCUCAGCGCUGGCCUGCCUCGUCUCGGCCCCCAAAGUCUUCCAGUGCCUCUGCAAGGACCAGCUCUACCCUCUCAUAGGCUUCUUUGGGAAGGGCUAUGGGAAGAACAGCGAGCCUAUCCGUGGCUACAUGCUCACCUACGUGAUCGCCAUUGGCUUCAUCCUCAUCGCCGAGCUCAAUGCCAUCGCCCCCAUCAUCUCCAACUUCUUCCUCUGCUCCUAUGCGCUCAUCAACUUCAGCUGCUUCCAUGCUUCCAUUACCAACUCCCCAGGCUGGCGACCCUCCUUUCGGUAUUACAGCAAGUGGUCUGCGCUCUUUGGUGCCACGGUCUCAGUGGUCAUCAUGUUCCUGCUGACCUGGUGGGCAGCCCUCAUUGCCUUCGGCAUCGUUGUCUUCCUCCUGGGCUAUGUCCUCUACAAGAAACCAGAUGUCAACUGGGGCUCCUCCAUGCAAGCCAGCUCCUACAACCUGGCGCUGAGCUACUCGGUAGGGCUCAGCGAGGUGGAUGAGCACAUCAAGAACUACAGGCCACAGUGCCUCGUCCUGACCGGGCCGCCCAACUUCCGCCCAGCGCUGGUGGACUUCGUGGGCACCUUCACCAAGAACCUCAGCCUGAUGAUCUGCGGCCACGUGCUGAUCGGCCCCCGCAAGCAGAAGGUGCCCGAGGCCCGGCAGGCAUCGGAUGGCCACACCAGGUGGCUCCUCAAGAGGAAGAUUAAGGCCUUCUACACCAACGUGCUCGCUGAAGACCUGAGGAGCGGCGUCCAGAUGCUGCUGCAGGCCGCCGGCCUGGGGAAGAUGAGACCCAACAUUGUCGCGCUGGGCUACAAGAGGGACUGGCAGGCAGCUGCACCGCAGAGCCUGGAGGAUUACGUGGGCAUCCUGCACGACGCCUUUGAUUUCAAGCAUGGUGUGUGCCUGCUGCGGCUGCGGGAAGGGCUGAAUGUUUCCCGUGUCCCACAAGCCCACACUAACCCUGCAUUUGGGGCAGCAGAGCAUCCUGAUGGGAACGGCACUGGCAGCAGAGCAGCACCCGGCACAGGCAUCAGUCAGUGCUCAUCAGUCAUGUCCAGGGCCUCCUGCAGCCUUGGGAUCCACUCUGGGGAGCUGGUAGACCCCGAGCAGCAGGCGAGCACCAUCUUCCAGAGCCAGCAGGGCAAGAAAACCAUCGACAUUUACUGGCUCUUUGACGAUGGAGGGCUCACACUGCUCAUCCCCUACCUCCUUGGCCGCAAGAAGCGAUGGGGAAAAUGCAAGAUCCGGGUGUUUGUUGGCGGGCAGAUCAACAGGAUGGACGAGGAGAGGAAGGCGAUCGUGUCCCUGCUGAGCAAAUUCCGCCUGGGGUUCCACGAGGUCCACGUCCUGCCUGACAUCAACCAGCAGCCCCGGCUGGAGCACAUCAGGAGGUUCGAGGAGCUGAUUGCACCCUUCAGGCUGAACGACGGCUUCAAGGACGAGGCGGCGGUGAACGAGCUGCGGCAGGGCUGUCCCUGGAAGAUCUCCGAUGAGGAAGCGCACAGGCACAGGGCCAAGUCGCUCCGACAAGUGAGGCUCAAUGAGAUUCUGCUGGAUUACUCACGGGACGCGGCGCUCAUCGCCAUCACGCUGCCUAUCGGCAGGAAGGGCCGCUGCCCCAGCUCCCUCUACAUGGCCUGGCUGGAGACGCUCUCGCAGGACCUGAGGCCCCCGGUCCUCCUGAUCAGAGGGAACCAGGAGAACGUUCUCACCUUUUACUGCCAAUAAAGCCUCCCGCACCCCUGCCGCA